CACGACGUAAACGCCCGUCGUGCGCAAGCGCAGACAAGCUACGCAUGCGCGCAGGACAAGCGCCCGUUUCCGGCGGCCGCUCCUUCCGCCGUCGCACGAAAAAUGGCGGCUGGGGUCGGUAACGGUUGUGUCCGUCGCGGGUUGGAGUGAUCUGCGGCGCUGCCGAGGGCCGAGUUAGAUCGACGUGCGUCUAGCAAACACCGCAGGCGGUGUUUGAAGAUGGCCCAGAACUCGGUGUCGCUGUCCGCCGGCGAUCAAGCCAACAGGAUGGCCCACCGAUCCUCCCAAGCAGAUCUCAACCCGUCGGCCAUGGCUUGGGCGAUGGUCUCCGGAGAUAGCUUCCUGGUUACUAGGCUUGAUCGGAAUCAGCCAGGACCUCGGCCACCAGCGCGACCCAGCGUUCGGACCGACAGACGUCGAGGGCCUGUUGGUGGCCGCAGCCGUAGCCGAAGCCGCCAAGGCAGAUUCUCGCCUUACCCGAUCCCAGGCGUCAAGCUCGACCUCUUAAGAAGUGUGCUGCAGCAGCGUCUGCUUGCGUUUGGAACCGCCCUAGCAACCCGUAUCUCGGCGUAGAGCGAAUGCCUCCCUCCUCUUAGCUUGCAAACAAGGCCUUUCCCAAAUCAUGUCUUGGUGUAACGGCAGUUUUAUUUUUACUGACCUAUUUUCACCGAUGUGGGAAGUUAAUAUAGGUUAUCAAAAGUUUAGCCAGGCGUAGUGACAUACAUUUUUAAUCUCAAGACUCGGGAAGCACGCUCUGAGUUACAGGCUAGCCGGUGUUUCAUAGUUGAGGGAUUAAUAUCCAUCCAUAUAGGGCCAAAAAAGAGAGCAGGAGGGGUUUUCUUAGGUAGUCACAAAGCUAGGUGAUUAUUGGUGUAUGGUGUAGAGUCUCUUGUAGUGCAGACUUGCCGUGUAUUAAUGAUGAUCUUGAACUUAUCCUCCUGCCUGGGCCUUCCAGGUGCUGGGAUUUACAGGGGAGACCAUACACCAGGCUUGAGUAACACAUUAUUCAAUUUGGACUCCAGCUGUAUCUGAGCUCCAUAACCUUCCCUGAUUACUUUGAGGCUUUUAAUUCAAGCUUUUGUAACUGUCUUCCUCUUUACCCCAGUCUACUCUUGAAUUCAUGUUGAGAACAAAUACCCCUUAUCAGAUUGCAUUAUCUUCACACCUUUCCUCAACACCUAACCACACACACCCCUUUGUUUGUUUUUUGUUUGUUUGUUUUACAAAUGUCUACAGACUGCCAAUCUUUAGGGGUGGUGUGUAUCUUUUUGUAGCUCUGGCUAUCCUGAGACUGAUAGACAUGACUGCCUCUGCAUCCCAAGUGCUGAGAUUAAAGGCAUGUUCCAAUCAAACAUACUAAAAGCAAGUACUCUUCCAAGUUAAGCCAACUGUGCAACAUACUUUUCCAAAGACUUCAAAUGAAGAUUUGCUACAUCAUUUAAUCAACUCCAUCUUCAUUAGUAUGAAUCUACUGUCACAAAGUAUGCUGGUGGGAUCUAAGUCUAGUCACUGUCAUUUGGUUUCUGCUCACUGUGAUCACUUGACAUCUUUUGUCUUUACUCUUUCAAUUUUAGAAUGGUUUUAUAAAACUACUGAAAUGGCCUUGAUGUGUUGCCCAGGUUGGAUUAGAACUAAAAUCCUACCUAAGGGUCCUUAGAGAUAGGUGUACCCAGCAGCAGGUAAACCUCACGCAUCCUCAAGAGCCAGAGGUGCAUUCUGGAUGGAGAAGCUCACACUAGACCUUAUAUUAAGUAUAGUAAUGCCAUUCUUUAUGGUUAUGUUGGCUUCCCGUGAUAACUUAUUGUUCUCUAUCCCUAUGCUAAUAUUUUACUCUUAACCAUGUAUUCCCCAAAAUGGUAUUGAGAGAAAGUUUGUGGAAUUUUUGUUUUGUUUUCAGACCCUUGUCUCUUCAGACUUACUUAAAAUGAGAUAAAGCAAAUUGCCACAUGCCAUACUGUGAUUGUUAGACCAUAUCUGCAGAUGGAAAUUAAUAUAGAGGAUAUAUAGUGAGACUGGCAAUUGUGGCAAAGGGAAGAUAUUGACAGUAUUAGCUGCUUUUAGUUGAGUGUAGCACUGUGCUAGAAGCUGUUGCUCUGCAGGUUGAACUGAUUGAAUCACUCUGCUUGCGGUUGACUGCAUCAGGCACUUAAUUAAAUAGUGAACAAGGUGCACAGGCGGCUUUGCUCACAUAGAGCUCUAUAGGAUGUUACUUGAGUAUCACACCAGCCCAUAAGAAGGAUAUUGUACUUUAAUUUCUUUGCUGGGGUAGACUGGAAGUGACAUAGGUUCUCUAAGGUCUUUCAGCUGAGGUUCUUUGAACCUUGCAACAGACACCCACUUUACAGUAGUUACUAUCCCAGAUAUCUCAAAGGAAGUUAUCAGAGCUUUAAUCAAACAAUUGAGAAAAGAAGUUUACAUAUAUACUAUGGGUUUUAGACUGGGGAGGGACAGUGGAGUGAAGGUGGAAAAAUAGUGUAGUCCUGAAACUUAAGAGAUGUCUAAUGUUGGGAAAUGCCACCACAAAAGACAGGAAAUUGGCUGCCAGAGAGUUCAGAAGAGGCUGAGCCCUUUCGAUUUUAUCAAAUGCUUUAAGUGUAAGUAGGGCUCAAGGAUGUCCUGUCUUGCCAUUUAACCUCCAAUUCUGUACUAAAACAUUUUUCCUUCAAGUUGGACAUUAGAAAGUAGGAAUUAAAGUCUCAGAAAAGUUUAGUGCCUCAGCAAAUGAAGACACUGGCUGAAGGAAGGUGCUAAUUAAAGACAACACAGAGUGUCCUUGAAGUGAUGGUAACAGAAUGUACUGAUCCUAAAAUGGGUUCGAAGAGUAGUAGAGAAAGCAACUGGGGUUAAGCAGCUAGAAGUGGGUUCCUAUUAGCAUGAUUUCGGUAAAGAAUUAAAAUUCUAAGAAAACAUUUAGGGCAUUGAAAGGAGACCAGUGGAGCCAUUGAGAGAAAGAGCUGGCAGAAAGCCGGGAUGACCUACCUUAGUGCCAUCCUUGGCUUCCAGCUGCUGGCCUCUGAUCUCUGCUUAACAGCAUGUGCACACGCACACGCACACACACAUAGUAACAAAAAGAGACUGGCUUUCCUGAGUAUUAGACGGUGUUUACAAGAGCUAGAAAAGGGAAAGAGGGAAAGGAAAGAAGGGAGAAAAAUCUGAGAAGAGUGGGCAUCCAAAGAACCCAUCUUAACAGCCAAGUCUCAAGCAUGCCGUUCAUUCAUCCAGGUCCUGUUAAGCUACAUCUUUGGUCUUCUCAAUUUCUGUAAAAACUGUGAUUUGUCUUAGCCAACCAAAUGCAUAAUUUUGAAUCUAGUUGCUCCACUGAUGCUCUGACAUUGCCUGCCUGCUUUCGAUUUCAUGGUCUUCCUCAGCUGAUCUACCGUAUGUAUAUUUGUUGUGUCCCCCAGAUGGCUUCUGUCACCUGACAUAUUUAGCUGGACUCUCGGUGUCUCUCUUCACACUUCUUUCCUUCUUCCUUGUCUCUCCACAACCAUUCAGUGUUUCUCAAAGUCUACUUUCAAGUCCGUCACUAGAAAUAAAUGCUACUACCUUGGAAAUUAUACAAGGACAAUGAA